AUGUACCGUCAAAUUCUCAGUCUCGCUACCGCCAUCGCCCUCCUCGGCCAUGCUUCCGCCGACUGCAAACUUACAAACACCCUAAGCGCACCUGAGUCUGGACCCGAAACAAGAACAGAACUCUGCCUGCCUCAAGGCGAGGGCUCCUGGACCUUCGCAAUGGACAUCAGUGAAGUCGACGUCCCAACCUUCAAUUCGGGUGCCGAAUGGGCCGGACUGGCUGGAAACAAUGCCUACAUCAUUUACGACAACAACUGCAUUCCAUACGGCGUAUACGGACCGGAUGGUAACGACUGCGGCACCCCUUAUGUCAUUGAAGACUACUUCCUUCCUUAUGUCAUGACGAUUCAGGAUAUCAACACUGAUCUCGGUGCUGGCUAUUUCAAGUUUGCCUAUGCCAAUGGCUUGUAUACUAUUGGAAACGAUGGAUGCACCUGCGGAGACCUUUCAAGUGGCUUGGAGGGCGAACAGGGUUGCAAAUGCGCUUUUCCGUUGGAGGGUGAGCCUUCCAAGUAA